AUGGCCCUCACAGCAUCAGCACCUCAAGCUUCAGGAGAAGCAUGCACCCCCCCCUCACCCCUGCCUCAAAUGACACCCCUGCAAAUGUGGAGAGUGCCAGGCAGUGGUGGUGGUGUUGGACCAGAGGAGAGUGAGCAAGAGAGAGUGUGUGUGAAGAGCAGAAGCAUGGAGUGGGGUGGUGAACAGCACAGGGAGAUUGAUGUUGGGGAGCAUGAGUGCAAGGGCAGUAAGAUGGGGGAGAGUGAUCAUGUGGCCUGGUGGAGGAGCAUCAUGGAUGCCAAUGGUGCACCAUAUGAGGAGAGGGCACAGUGUAAGGAGCAUGAGGCAGAUGGAGAUAUGGCUGAGGUUGUAGAGUGUGAGCUCAGUGAGGUGCUCCCAGUGGAUGUGGUAAGGGUCAUCAAGGUAUUUGAAGAUGUUGAUGCAGGUGAUGAUGAGUCUGGAGAAGCUUAG